AUGGAGGGUCUCACGGAGUUUGUGCACCGCCGGUCUGUAGCAGCCACAGGGAACAUCAUAGAUGUCCACUCAUGCAAUGUACACACGGCAGCUAGCGGCAAAGUAUCCGCCAGGGUCACCAUCGAUGCAGCUUGCCUGGCCACUGUGACCUCUGCCAACUUCUGGCCUCGGCCUCUCUACUGCAGGACAUGGAAAUUCAAUCCACCCAAGAAGAGCAGCGGCAACUACAAGGCCCACAGCAGCAGUGAUGGUGGCAGUGGCGACGCCAACGACAAUGCCCACAGCAGCAGUGACGGUGGCAGUGGCGACGACAGCAGCGGAAACGACUGUGGCAGUGGCGGCAGCUGCAGCAGUGACGGUGGCAGUGGCGACGGCAACGACAAUGCCCACAGCAGCAGGGACGAUGGCAGUGGCGACGACAGCAGCGGAAACGACUGUGGCAGUGGCGGCAGCAGCAGCAGUGACGGUGGCAGUGGCGACGGCAACGACCAUGCCCACAGCAGCAGGGACGAUGGCAGUGGCGACGACAGCAGCGGAAACGACUGUGGCAGGAGCGGCAGCAGCAGCAGCCGCAAUAGCAGCAGCGACAGUUCUCCCAAACCCGGCGCCGAGUUAACUCGGACCCCUGGGCAGAAGUCACGACCCCACCAGCGUGGUUCUCCCGCUGAAGACCAAGCUGCAAAGCGCGUGGCUCCAGUCAGCAAACAGUGA